AUGUUGGCCAUGACGGAUCUCACCCUGGAGAAGGUCGUGGACAUGUGCAGGGCCGAGGAGAUAACGGCCAAACGCAGCCAAGACCUGGCUGUACCGGAUGCGGAGGUCAACAAGGUGGCCAAGUCGAAGUUUCGCCGGAAGUCGCAACAGCUGCCUCUCUGCAAAUUUUGCGGAGACGAACACGACUUCACAAAAGGAAGCUGCCCUGCACUCGGGAAGAGAUGCCGUCGGUGCAACGGUAAAAACCACUUCGAGAAAGCGUGCCGAGUGAAGCGCGGGUCCAGCAAGAAGAGUUCGCGGAAAGUGAAAGAAGUGAAGGACGAAAGUGAAUCGGAGGAAGAGUCCGACGUCGAUGCGUCGUCGGAAGACAGUAGUGAGGAAUUUGAAAUCGGGAAGAUCAUCGACAACUCCGACAAGGGCGGAAGUGUGUCAGCAGAGUUGGAGCUGAAAAUCAGUGACAAGUGGAGAAAAGUGAUUAGUGAGUUGGACACAGGUGCCAACACAAGCCUGAUUGGCCAAGAGUGUCUCGUGAAGCUGUACGGAGGAAAGUGUCCAAUUAUUUUUCCGUCGAAGAUGCGACUCCAGAGCUUCGGCGGAAAUCCGAUCAAGGUGUUGGGCGAGGUUAAGAUUCCGUGCCGUCGGUCCGGAAGGAAGUAUCGAUUGGUGCUUCAAGUGGUGGAAGGCGCUCACCGACCUCUUCUGUCGGCAAAAGUGUCCCGUGUGCUCGGAUUUGUCAAGUUCUGCAAAUCGGUUUGCUUCGGUGGACCCGAUUCAACCUCGCCAGACAAGCUGCUCAAGGUAUACCGUGUGGAGGCCCAGAAGAUAGUCGACAAACACCAAAGCCUCUUCGAUGGGUACGGAAAGCUCGACGGUGAAGUCUCGUUGGAGGUUGACCACACCGUGCCACCGUCGAUUCAGCCACCACGGCGUGUACCGAUUGCCCUGCGCGGUCAGCUGAAGAAGGAGUUGGAAGUGCUGGAAAAGGAAGGAAUCGUUGUGAAGGAGCCGAGACACACUGACUGGGUCAGUAAUAUCGUCAUCGUCCAGCGAGGUGACCAGUCCAAGAAGAGCCUUCGUGUGUGCCUCGAUCCAGUUCCCCUCAACAAGGCACUGAAGCGACCUAACCUUCAGUUUGUGACCCUCGACGAAAUCCUGCCAGAGUUGGGGAAGGCCAAGGUCUUCUCUACCGUCGAUGCCAAGAAAGGAUUUUGGCAUGUGGUCCUGGAUGAACCGAGCAGCCAGCUGACGACGUUCUGGACUCCAUUUGGCAGAUACCGCUGGGUACGUCUACCCUUUGGUAUUGCACCGGCUCCGGAAAUAUUCCAGAUGAAGCUGCAGGGGGUUAUUCAAGGCUUGCCCGGUGUCGAGUGCAUCGCCGAUGAUCUGCUCGUGUUCGGAGUCGGAGAUACCUUUGAAGACGCGCUAGCAAACCACAACGUCUGUCUCGAGAAGCUGCUCUGUCGCCUUAAGGAGCACAACAUCAAGCUGAACAAGGAAAAGCUGAAACUGUGCGAGACCUCCGUGAAAUUCUACGGUCACGUACUGACGAACAAGGGACUCCAGCCAGACGAGACGAAAAUCUCAACCAUCCGUAACUAUCCUACUCCCACGGACCGCAAAGCUGUGCACCGUUUUAUCGGAAUGGUCAACUACCUGAGCAGAUUCAUCCCAAACUUGAGUGCGAACCUCACGAGUCUGCGAAAGCUCAUCGUGGAAUCCCAGCCGUGGCAGUGGACGAAAGUUGAAGCAGAGGAGUUCGAACGGGUCAAAUCUCUUGUCUCGGACACCGACACACUCCGUUACUACGAUGUUAACCAGCCAAUUACCGUGGAGUGCGACGCCAGUUGCUUUGGAUUGGGCGUAGCUGUGUACCAAGGGGACGGAGUAGUUGGGUACGCUUCUCGAACGUUGACACCGACAGAACAAAAUUACGCGCAGAUCGAGAAGGAGCUUCUUGCGAUCUUGUUCGCAUGCAUUCGCUUCGAUCAACUUAUCGUCGGCAACCCGAAAGCAGUCAUCAAGACCGACCAUAAGCCGCUCCUGAACAUCUUCAACAAGCCCCUCCUUGCUGCUCCUCGCCGGCUGCAGCACAUGCUGCUGAACCUCCAACGCUAUCGGCUGACGGUCGAAUACGUAACUGGAAAGGACAACGUUGUGGCCGACGCUCUCUCUCGGGCCCCGACCAGAGACGACCAGCCGUGGGACCAGUACAAGAAACUGCACAUCUACAAAGUGUUCGAGGAGCUGGAAGACGUGAAGCUGAAGAACUUUCUAAGCAUUUCGGAUAGCCGCUUGGAUGAAGUAAUGAAGGAGACAGAAAAGGAUCAAACGAUGCAGCGAGUCAUCGAGUACGUGCAGCGUGGCUGGCCGGCGUCGGCCGAACGGGUUCCGGACAGCGUGAGGAUUUAUUUUGGAUACCGGAACGAACUCUCGACGCAGAACGGCAUCGUCUUUCGAGGCGAUCGCAUCUUGGUGCCGCAGGUUCUUCGACGCAAGCUGAUUGAUUGUUGCCACAUUAGUCACAACGGAAUCGAAGCAACGCUGAAGCUGGCCAGGGCCAACCUUUUCUGGCCGGGCAUGAGUUCGCAGAUCACGGACGUCGUAAAGAGCUGCAGUGUCUGCGCCAAGUUUGCGGCUUCACAGCCACACCCACCGAUGAUCAGCCACAGCAUCCCGGUACACCCGUUUCAAAUGGUCUCGAUGGACGUCUUCUUCGCUGAGUACCGUGGGCACCGACGCAACUUCCUGGUUACUGUGGACCACUAUUCAGAUUUCUUCGAGGUCGACAUUCUGAAGGAUUUGACGCCACAGUCGGUCAUAGCGGCAUGCCAGGAAAACUUCGCUCGACAUGGAAGGCCGCAGAGGGUGCUAACCGACAACGCUACAAACUUCGUGAACAAGCAGAUGAUGAAGUUUGCCGAGGACUGGGACUUCGAGCUAGUAACAUCAGCGCCGCACCACCAGCAAGCAAACGGUAAGUCCGAAGCCGCCGUCAAAAUUGCCAAGCGCCUGCUUGCGAAAGCAAACGAAACUGGAACGGACUUCUGGUUCGCUCUGUUGCACUGGAGGAACAUCCCAAACAAGAUUGGGUCCAGUCCCGUCGCCCGUUUGUUUUCACGCUCAACGCGAUGUGGCGUUCCGAGCACGGCAGCGAACUUGGUUCCGAAGGUGGUGGAGAAUGUGCCUGCGUCAAUCGAGGAGAAUCGUAAGCGGAUCAAGUACCAGUACGACAAGAAAGCUCGUAACCUACCUGAGCUGGAAACUGGGUCUCCGGUUUUCGUGCAGCUGACACCGCAAACGUCGAAGCUGUGGACACCUGCUGUCAUCUCCAACCGCCUCAGCGAGCGCUCGUACACAGUGGAAGUGAAUGGAAAGGACUACCGUCGCAGCCUGGUUCACCUGAAGCCACGUAAAGAACAUUCCACAUCGCCUGCCCGUCUGUCGCCAACUGUUCCAGAACCAAGAGCUGUCCAACCGGAUCACCCCGAAGCUGAUGCCACUCGCAGUUCGACUUCGGUUGAACUUGAUUGUCAACUGCCCGCAGCUAGCCCGUUAGAACCAACGAUUGCUGUGAUGCCACCGCCAGGAUCGUCGAAUACAACGCCGUCGGAGACAACACGUGAUCGACAUUCAACGCUGCCUAUUAUCUCCGGAACCGACAAACCAACUACCACGAUCACUUCAACCCUCACCUCCAAGACACCAACCUCUUCAACGCCCUCAAAACCCACCCCACCUUCAAGUGCCGCCACUUCCGGCGAACCCUGA